CCUCGACCCGGGGUUCUAUCGGAUGCGGAGCUCAUUUACAGCACGACAGCUGCAACUACAAUCACAGACGCCUACAGACGUAGACGUGUUAAAGGAAGAUCCAUGUUGACAUGUAACAUAACCAUGACAAACAACAUUGUACUUCUUCUUGUCUGUCUCUCUGGAGAAGUUAUCUGGGCAUGUACGUUCCAUCACGAUGCGACAUAUGGAGGAGUGUUCGCAAACUGUUCCAGCAACAACCUAUCCUCUGUACCAAAUGAUCUUCCCCUGAACACAACAUCGCUCAGUUUGCAUAGCAAUCACAUUGCCGUGUUGCACAUUCCACUCAACAGUUCCUGGAAUACGCUCAAAUACCUGGACCUCUCCAGCAAUAAAUUAGCCAAACUGGAAAAGCGGACGUUUGAAAGCAUUUACAACUUAGAAGAACUGUUCUUGCAAAACAACAAUCUUAUUCUCAAUUCUGACACAUACCCAGACGAUGUCUUCCUACCACUACAGAAACUUCAGAAGCUUCACCUGCACAACAAUGACCGACGGUUUAAAGGUAUAUAUCCAGAAACCGCUCUCGGUAAACUAAGAAGUGUUGUGGAAUUGAAAAUUGAUUCAUCUGGAAUCACCAUCUUUGGAUCUGGAUUUGCAAACAUGAGUAGUCUCAAAAGACUUCUUUUGGGGUUUAAUGGUUGCAAGAUUGAAGAAGUGUCAAACAUAACGUUACGAUCUUUUCAACACAGCCCAGUUGAAGACCUAGAUCUUUGUAGCUGCCCAUUGGAGGCUGUAGAUAAAAUGUCAUUUGUUUAUUUGAAAAGGCUCAAGAAUUUGAACCUUUCUAAGGGUACAUUCGUUGCUCCAGUGGAUGCUGUUAGGUCUAUGUAUGGUUUAAAUGGGCUAAACAUGACAAGUGUUUCAUUUGAUGAAAUGUACAAUUUCCUUAAUUUUCGGUAUGGUCCUGUUGAACCGCGAAUUCUUACACACGAAGUGCUGGAUAAUAUUCAAGGCGUUUGUGUGAGGACGUUUUCAAUGAAAAAAAAUAAAAUAGUAUGGCUUGAUUCUUCGAUUUUAAACUCCAAUUCGCGUUUCACCCAGUGCAUUACACACUUGGACCUUUCUGAUAAUGAUUUCCUGGGAGACAAGCAGCUUUUAUUCAAACUUGUCUUUGCGCCUCAGUUGGUGUUUCUGAAUUUUUCAAAUCACUUAAGGAGAAACGAGUUCUUUCCAACAACAAUUCCUGAACAUAACUCCCUGUUAUCAGUACCAACAUUCCGUCUCACACUUCCCAGCAAACUGGAGUACCUUUAUAUGCAUGGUUCGUUGAGCGAUGUAGGUUACAUAAACGGCAAUAUUGAAUUUACAAAUGCAGUAUCGCUCAAGAGUCUCAACUUUGAAUUUAACGGUUUGUAUGCCUUUAAAUACAAUAUUUAUGGAUUAGAGAACCUCACUGAUUUCGAUGUCUCUGGAAACUACUUCACCAACGUGAAUCCUGGACUAUUGAAAUAUUUUCCAAGUUUGACAACUCUUAAGAUGUCUCAAAUGGGCUUUAAAAACGACUUUCUACUUAAAGAGGGACGUGAGAUGUUUUUGCCAUUAGGUGCACUGAAAAAUAUUGUUCUUAGUCGCAAUGAUUUAGCAGUCAUGGAUUCACAGAUAUUUGCUGGGAAUCAACUGGCAGUCAUUGAUUUGUCCUUUAACCGCUUUGAGAGUAUCCCCUUUGACAUUACAACAACUCCGUCUCUCCUACGUCUUGACCUCAGUUACAACUCGCUGCCUGUACUAUCAGCGUCACAGAGGAGUCUACUUGAUGCCUUGGCAACAACAAAUAACCUUACUUUGAACCUUAACAACAACCUUCUGUCCUGCGGAUGUGAGAACUUAGACUUUGUGAAGUGGCUGUUCCAAACAGAUGUGAAAGUUGAAAGCAUAGAUACAUAUACCUGUGUAUCUGAUGAUGGCGUUAUUACAUCUCCAUCUUUUAUUUAUCAUCAUUAUGAUGAAACCUGGAGAAGGUGUUCGGGACCAAUUUGGUUAUCUCUAUCUGUUUCUGCUUUUGCACUGAUCAUUUUAUUCAUGAUUUUAAUAUACCUGAUAAACCAGAAAAAGACUUUAGUUUUAAACAUCAUUCACCGGUUGUUUGGGUUGGUAAAUGUCUCCAAAUCACCGAAACGUACUGACUUUCCUAAUGACGCCUACAUCGGCUACAGCGACGUCGAUUACCAGUACAUCUGUCACACUGUGAGAGAACACCUGGAAGAUAGACAUGGAGUCAAACUCUUCCUGAAGGACAGAGAUACCAUCCCUGGUGGACAAAUAGCCGACGACAUCAUCAGCGGAAUAGAUUCAAGUUGGAAGACGGUCCUCGUUCUCACCCAGUCUUUUAUUGAGGACCAGUGGUGCCGCUUCAUUGUUAAUCGUAUUGUGUAUUCCUCCACUAGAAUGCCAGUUGGUAGUAUCCUGCUUGUGUUGUUUGAGGACGUGAGACGAGGGGACAUCUCCCCGGCCCUGCUCAAUGUUGUGGUAGAGAGACACAUCUUCAGUGUGGGGAAGUACAGGGACGACCAGGGCAGCUUUUGGAGAGACGUUAGUCAGCGUAUCAUGAAUGAAACGGAAUUUUAGAGAAAACGAUUACUCGUUGACCUGUGGAGAAGGAAUUGUGGCAUAAAUAAUUGGAAACUGACAUUGACUCUUUUUCGGAGAUCGUUAGAUAUUUUUGAAAAUGUGACAUCUGUGUCGUGUGCUCUCUUGCAACACAACCUAGUCCGAGUAUCCUUUCACGUGCAGUCCACGCCACGCAUUGUAAAUACUGAUGAUAGAGUGCUUGCUCAGCGUGUUAAUUGCUUGCUUGUUUGUAGUAAUAAUGUGUGUAUUCAUACUAAUUCAAAGUGAUGUUGUGUCGAACUUCGAUAUGUCGACAGUAAAAAGUAAAAAUGUGGUCCCUGCCUAUUCAUUUUGCGGUUGUGUCAAACCUCAGAUAACUCGAAGUACUUACGUGGGUCCCUUCUACUUCGACAAAACGAUGUUUGUACUGGAAAUGGAAUCGCUAUGCUAUCUGAAAGUUAGAAAGAGUGAAAAAACAAUAUGCACAGUCAUAAGAAAUGGAGGUGUGCCUUUAAUCAUUUCUGGUCGUGCCUUAUAUGGGUAUACCUGGUGAUGUACUUAAUGUGUAAACUGGUCUAGAAUUGAUCCCUCUUUUCACCAUGUUUUCACUGUAACGAUUGGUGUCUCAAAUAAGUGAUAGCCAUCAUAUUUGUAUUAUUCAACGUCUUUCCAAAAUUGUAAAAAUAUACAUUUAUGAAUAAAAUUCUUUAUUACU